AUUUACAUAAUAUUCUAUGCAAGAAUAGCAUGGACUAAACAACUAUUGCGUUCAAAAGAAGACGUCAUCAGCCAGUUCAUUGUUGCUAGAGUUUCAGAGUUUGUCUGUGUUUAACAGCUAGCGGCUGAGUUCCUAAAUAUCAUCUGACGAAGUUUCACUGGUUUGGGAAGGCAGGUGGUGCUCUUUUGUCUGUCCGUUCGAGAGAAGUGCUACGAAGGAUAACAUGGAAAUAGUUACUUCUCCAAGCUUGAUUAUUCCUGAAGUUCUUAAGAAAGAUAAUUAUGAAAGAUGGAGCAUUUUAAUGCAACACUAUUUAGAGCUUCAAAAUCUUUGGGAGGUUGUUCAAUCAGGCAAGAUGCCUCAAGGAGGAAACAGGGAGGUGUGGAUUAAAAAGAAUGCUUUAGCUCUAUAUGCCAUUAGGAUUUCUUGUGGAACAGAAGCAUUUGAUCAAAUAAAGAAGAUUCGUUCUGCCAAACGUGCUUGGGAUGCAUUGGCUGUUAUGCUGAAACCCCCAGUUGUCCAAGUUUUCACUCGUGACAUUUAUUGUCUCCACCAAGGAACGCAAACAGGGGAACAAGAGACCUUGCGUCAGUUCAUUUGCGAUGGGGAUAUUUCAAGUGUAAAGCAGUUCUUACGUGACAUUCGAGAUCCAAGACCUCCAGAAAUGUUAGAAUUUGCACUUCAAGUUGCAAUUACUUAUGGCCAUAAGAAUAUGGCACGCUACCUCUAUAGGGACAUUCAACAAGAUUUGCUACAGGAAGACCGUGCAUUCAUCCUCCUCCAAGAGUGUAUAACUAAAAAAAUGUUUGAUAUUGCAUUAGAUCUACUCCACAGUUUUCCAGAGUUAGCAUUUAGCUGCCCUUCGGGUUCCACUCCAAUCAUUUUAACACUUGCGCAAACACCACCUCCAUUCUUAAGACUAAAUGAGCUUGGUUUUUGGGGACGCUGGAUAUAUAAUUUGUAAAUUAAAUUUAAAAUGAAUUA